CAUAUAAAUGUCGGCUUAUCUUUCCUCAGUGUUUUAUCAAAACACCUCGCUUUUAUCAAGCACGUUCCUGAUGCGGCAAAAAGCGACACUGUAUAGAGACGAUUGCACAAAAUGUCAGACGCAGAAGAGAGCAUCAUCGAGCGAUAUGAGCGUGCCAAAAGAAAUUUGGACCUGGUCUCGGGCGUGUGUUUCCUCAUUUGCCUGAUCGUGUGCCCCACUCUUUACUUCAUUUUCGGAGGCUUUGUUUUCAUUCUAUUCCUGCCUGUGUUUCUGCUCUUGAUUAUCGAGAUUUUGGCAACAUUGGCAUUGAUGGUGAUGAAAAGCCGCGCGCUGAAAAGAUUGGCGAACGUACGCUCUAUGGAAGAAUCCAGAACUCAGUCAGAAUAUCCUGCAGAAACCAAUGAACCGAAAAAGAUGCCUAAGAGAAUUUCUGGCAUCGUUACAAUUCCACAGCACGAGCACGCACUUCAACUCGCACAAAUCCACUAUGCCUACCCGCCUCCAAGGUACGAACAGUUGCAAAGGCCCCCUCCGUAUCAAAUGGUCAUAUUGAGUGCACCUGUGUCAAGUGUUCAACCCCAAGAGACCAGCAAUUUGCGCUUCUAAUUGUCACGAGAAGAUUUAAUUUUGAAUUUGAAUAAUAUUGGUUCAAUAAAUA